GUUUCAUGAUCCAGUCGGACGGAUUUCACGACGCACCACCAAUGUCAAACCCAGCAGCAGUUCGUGUUGUCUUCGACCUCGCUCAGGUGUGACUCUCACGUCCAGGUAACUGUGUCCAGGUAACUGUGUCCAGGUAGAGGACAGCUUUCAUUAGAUAACUGUGGCGUGCGUGCGGGUCAGUCUAACCGGACACGAUGCGCCUCACGCUGCGAGCGUUGAUCUCCCACGGCCGGGUGGCCCGGAAGAUGGGUCUGGGUCCAGAGUCCCGCAUCAACAUGCUGCGGAACAUCCUGACAGGACUGGUCCGACAUGAGAGGAUCGAGACCACGACGGCCCGAGCAGAUGAAGUCCGUUUCUACGCCGAAAAGCUGGUUGACUACGCCAAAAGGGGAGACACAGACGAGAAGGCCAUGAAAAUGGCCAGUUUCUGGCUGACGGAAAAGGACCUGGUUCCAAAGCUCUUCAAUGUUCUCGCCCCACGGUUUGAAACUCAUUCAAAGGGCUACACCCGGAUGGCACGCCUCCCCAACAGAGAGAACCUGGACAGAGCUAAGAUGGCCGUCUUGGAGUACAAAGGCAAUCCCUUCCCGCCUCUGUAUCCUGUGAAAAAAGACAAUGAACUCACCCUCAUAAAUCAGCUUCUCAGAGGCUACAGAGAAGACAGGGCACAACAGUUGGCUACAAAAGCUUAAUUAAAACCGUCCUGGUGUUGCAUCCUCACUGAAGAGUGAUGGUUGUGUGAAGAGAUGCUGCAGAUUGUGGGGUACAGAGACUGAUGCAUCCCGAGUCAAGACAACAGUUCCAGCUCCCGAGGCAAAGGAAAAAUUCUGUAAAAGACUUUAUGGCUGAUAAUGUAUUAAUAAAUAAAUCUUCUUUCUUAACAA